CGGGGCUUAUUACUAUUUGCAAAUUACAAUGCAGGCCUCCCUUUUUGCCGCGAGGAGGGCUUGUUUCCAAACCAUCGCCACUCGCCAGUGACACUGCCACCCCCUGCCGCCACAGCUGGUUGAGAAGAACGUGAGAAGUAAGGCAAGAAGGCUAUAGAAGAGGUAUCCUUUGGCUUUUUGGUUCGUAAUAAAACCCUAACUCCCUAAUCUUUGCGUCUUUGUUGGCGUUAGAUUGAUCUUUAAGGUCGCAGGAGAGAAACAUUCACGUCUCUGGUUCUUCAGGCCGCCAUUGUGAGAACUUGGAAUAGUCACCACCCAUCAAACGGCACGUCGUUCAAUAUUAGCCGCCUGUAAUAUGUACUGUAGUCAGGCCAAAGCAUUGAACCCUAAAGUGCAUCAGUCACCCUUCAGCUUUAAGGCUAUGUUUGGUUUGAUAGAAACUAAGAGAUAAACAGAAAGUUGAGAAUUUGACAACGUGUUAAAAAAAAAUCGGCGCAAAUUGCAGCUCUGCUACAACCAUCGUAUAGUCUGAAGGAGAACAACAACGAAUCAUUAUAUAAUAAUCAAAGAAUGCUAGUAGCUCGAAAGCUGUUUCCUUCUAAACUUGUAACCCGUUUUCUUCCACUCGCUUUUGCUGCUUCAUACUACCCACCCUCGUGCCACCACUCCCUUUUUGGUUUUGAUACAACAACAACAACAACAAGCCCCUUUUAUUCUCCAAGUAACCUUCUCUUUACGAUACAUAGAUCUUUCUCUUCAGAAAGCAAACCGUUUCCGAAGUCCUUAAGAGAUGGAAAUUACGAUGAAAUCACCUCUCCCCAUCUCCUUGUUUGCCCUGGUUGUGGUGUUUACAUGCAAGGCGAUGAUCCCAAGCUCCCAGGCUACUUCAUUAAACCCUCCAGGAAAGACACUGAUUAUCAUUCCCCCAUUGAUCGUCAACCUGUUGCUGAAGAAUCAGAAAUCUCGGAUUCCCUCAAGAGGGGAUUUCUCAGUGAACUCAUCAACCCUGAAUACCCUACCACUGAUCUUAAUUUAGUUGGGAAACCAGUGGUUUGUGCUCGAUGCCAUUCCUUACGCCAUUAUGGGAGAGUAAAAGAUGCUAGUGUUGAGAAUUUGCUCCCAGAUUUUGAUUUUGACUACACUAUUGGUAGAAAACUGGUUACGACCAUGGGGACUCGUUCAGUUGUUAUGAUGGUGGUUGAUGCUGCAGAUUUUGAUGGUUCAUUCCCUCGGAAAGUUGCAAAGCUGGUUUCAGCAACCAUUGAGGAAAACUCUGCCGCUUGGAAGCAGGGGAAGUCGGGAAAUGUUCCUCGAGUUGUACUUGUGAUUACAAAGAUUGAUCUCCUUCCACCGUCUUUAUCUCCAACCAGAUUAGAGCACUGGAUUCGACAGCGAGCUCGGGAGGGGGGAGCAAAUAAGCUGACCAGUGUUCACCUUGUUAGCUCAUUGAAGAACUGGGGGCUGAAGAAUCUGGCUGAUGAUGUGUGCAGAUUGGCUGGGCCAAGAGGGAAUAUUUGGGCAAUUGGGGCUCAGAAUGCAGGGAAAUCAACCUUGAUUAAUUCUUUAGGGAAGCACAUUGGGGGUAACAUUACUCACUUAACUGAAGCUCCAGUGCCUGGAACUACUUUGGGGAUCAUUAGGGUUGAGGGUGUCCUUCCUGGGAUGGCGAAAUUGUUUGAUACACCUGGGCUUCUGCAUCCACACCAGAUCUUGACAAGGUUGACCAGAGAAGAGCAAAAACUGGUGCAUAUAAGCAAGGAAUUGAAGCCAAGGACAUACAGGAUCAAGACUGGUUAUUCGGUACAUAUUGCUGGACUUAUGAGGGUAGAUGUAGAAGAAGCAUCAGUAGAUUCUAUUUAUCUCACAGUAUGGGCAUCUCCUUAUCUUCCACUACAUAUGGGAAGAACAGAAAAUGCAAGUACAAUGCUAGAAUAUCAUUUUGGUCAUCAGUUACAGCCACCUAUUGGUGAGAAAAGAGUUGAGGAGCUUGGGAAAUGGAUGAAAAGGGAAUUUCAUAUCUGUGGAAGCAGUUGGGAUGUGAGCUCUGUAGAUAUUGCUGCUGCUGGGCUUGGCUGGGUUGCCCUGGGACUUAAGGGGGAGGCAACGUUAGGUGUUUGGACAUAUGAUGGGGUAGAUGUUACACUGCGUAAUUCAAUGAUCCCACAGAGAGCACAGAUAUUUGAAGUUGCAGGAUUUACAGUCUCAAAGAUUGUUUCCAAAGCCGACCAAGCUUCAAAUAAACUUAAGCAGAGCAGAAAGGACAAGAAACAGGGUGACCAUAAGGAAGCUGUCUCUAUCACAAUGCCAUUACCAGUUGAUGCAGAUACGAACACUUGCUAAUGGUGGCAACUGGUACAAGAGGAAAGGUAUCUGUACUUGUAGAUUGCGAAUCUGAAAUCAAAGUGAAAACAUAUUUAAAAUGAUGGACAUUGGUUGUUCGAGAAUGAACGGCAAGACCACUAUGGUGUAACUUGCAGCCAUCUAAGUGAUGGUUGUCAUUAUAAUCUUCUCUAGUGCACAGGACCAAGAGAUUCUAGUGCGAAGCUUGAUUUUCUGUAGCCGCCCGAAGUGCUGGGUUUCCAGUCUUUGAAUUAAUAAUGCAAUGAACCUUGUGGAAUCUUGAACUAUCAUUGAGAAUCUCAGCUUGCAAACGAAAUAUGUAGAGAUCAUGUUGUGGAGCUGCUUCCAUACAAUUAGAGAAGAUGCUGCAGUUGCAGUUGUUUACCAAUCUCGUUGCUGUUAUUGACUUAUUGGAGAUCAUACAAAAGCUGCAUGCCUGUAAUUUCUAUUC